GCGGCGGCGGCGCGGCGCGGUGCAGCGUGGACAUGCUCAAACAAAACCCUACGCCCGCGCCGCGCGGCCGCCUCGAGUGUGCCGGCCUUGUUUACAAACACCGUGGACCGACUAUGUCGUGACAUAACUUACUCUACUUGGAUAGUUAUCGUGCUUUAUCGCUAUGGCGGUGUGUGACAAGUGGGUCGCGCUCAAGAUAGUGGAGUUUAUAUUUUGCGUGGCGUGCCUGGUGUACAAGCGAGUAUCACAAGACGACGAGGUGCGGCUGUCCCUGCUUCUCCAGAAGUACUCCCGGGAAUGGUCGCUCCUUACCUCCGUCACCUGGGACUCGGUGGGCGGGGCAUUCGCCGACGCCAUCUAUGGAGGUUACGUGAUUAUCACCUUCGGGUUGCUGAUCGCGAGAAUCUUUCAAGAGAUCCCGAGAGGACGGCGGAUCUUGGAGGGCUUCUUCCUUGGCUUUGGAAUGCUGUUCUUCCUCAUUUUAGGUGGUCUCGAGCUGGCAUCCCUCGACGAGGUCCCCCACAAGCUGUACGUGAACGGCGCCGUGCUGGGCAGCCUGUCGCUCGUCGUGGCCGCGCUCUUCCUGCUCGACCUGCUCGCGCCGCGCGUCUACACCGCCACCCACCACUCGCAGACCGACCCCGUCUCCUCGCCCAGCACCGACAAGAAGGUCUCCAUACUCUCGCAGAAGAAUGCACUCUCACAGCCCAACGGUAACGGACUCAUAGGCAACGGCAAACAGAAUGGCCACAUCACUACAGAGAUACCCAAGGACAAGAACAGACCCAAAGACCUAGAUCUAACCCAAACAAAAAUAGAUAAACCCGACAGUCCUAGCUUAUUCGACUCCCCGAGUCCCGGCUAUACUAAGUUCGACGAUAACAUAGAGCCGCAUUUAGAAAAGUCCAAAUUCGGAUCGCUUCGCAGCGGGCUCGAGGCCGGCAACUACGUCCGCCUGUCCGACCCUAUGUCCGAGCAUGACAAGAUCCACUACGAGCGGGAACUCGCCAAAUUCAACGAGAGAUACUUCAAAGAGUACCUCGACAAUUUCGCUGGGACGUUACAAUGUAAAGAGGGCUAUCUUCCAGAAUUGCAGUCGCCUAAAUUCGCUAAAGUGCAAUCUGGGCGGUUGAGGAGCUUGUACGAUGAACUGUCGCCGAAUUACGAGAAGGCUCGGCAGAAGUCCCCGACCAGAGCGAAGACCGUACCGAGCCCCACCAUGCAGCAGUUGGAAGACUACUUGAAAGGGUCCAACAAGUCAUCCAGAAGGUCGGAGACUCCCGCCUUGUUUCCCAUGGAGCCCAUAGAAGAGAGAGACCGCGAGGGCGUAGAUCUGACGGACCGCGCGUCCGGGACGCCCACAGACCCGGGCUACGUGCAGUACACGGCCGGCAAGUGGCCGGACAAGCGCGAGAUCCGCACGCCCCGACACAGCCCCAAGUAACCGCCAAAGUCUAACAUAAUGCUCUCCUAGGCCUAAGAUGAGAAGUUACCAAGUUAUAGACCAGAUUUUGUUGCAGAAAUUGGUGUACUGCUUCCGUAUUGCUCGAGUCGUUUUUAAUGUGUUUAUUUUAAUGUGCUCUUUUGUGCAGAGCCUUCUAAAAUAAAUCAUGUGACGGGAACUCCGGUGAGCGACAAGCGUUCAGUAUUAUUGUGAACAUUGACUGACAUACAAAUUCUAUUGUUGUGUUCAGAGUGUGUGAAAUAAUUAUAAAUAGCCAUUAAUAUGUAUAAGCAGUAGGUAGGUACUAAUAAAUUUUGUAUGACGAUGGACGUAAUAAACUAAUUUUACACGGUUA